AUUUUUUAUACGCGCACCCACCGCCAAGGUCAGGCCGCCAGCCGCAAGGAAAGAGCAAGACGAAACCUGAUAAACGCCCCCGAUAUAAGUAGUCGGGGGGAGGCGGGGGCCGUGACCAGAUCGUCAGCAAGAAGCAUCAGCACCACCAGCCAUGGCGACGCAGGCCGCCUUCGCGGUGAGGUUCCCGCAGCUGGCGCGGCCCAGCAGGGGGCAGGGACAGCCGGCGGCGGCGGCGGCGCGGGUCGCGGUGAGGGGCGGCGGCAGGGCCGCGGCGGCGGCGGCGCGCGGGGUGCGGUGCCGGGCCGGCGGCCUGAUCGAGCCGGACGGGGGCAGGCUGGUGGAGCUGGUGGCGCCCGAGGAGGGCGGGCGGCGGGCGGCGCUGCGGCGGGAGGCGGCGGCGCUGCCGCACCGGGUGCGCCUGGGCCGCGUGGACACCGAGUGGCUGCACGUGCUCAGCGAGGGCUGGGCCAGCCCGCUGCGCGGCUUCAUGCGCGAGACCGAGUUCCUCCAAGCACUUCAUUUCAACGCCGUCCGCGGCGCCGAUGGCAGCCUCGUCAACAUGUCCGUGCCCAUCGUCCUCGCCCUCGACGACGCCCAGCGCCGCGCCAUCCAGGCCUCCGCCGCCACCAGCGUCGCGCUCGUCGACGCCCACGACCGCCCCGUCGCCGUCCUCCGCGAUAUUGAGAUCUACAAGCAUAACAAGGAAGAAAGAAUUGCACGGACUUGGGGAACAGCUGCACGUGGACUGCCGUACGUAGAGGAGGCGAUUACAAAUGCUGGUGAUUGGUUGAUUGGUGGAGACCUGGAGGUUAUAGAACCAAUCAAGUAUAAUGAUGGCCUGGAUCAGUAUCGUUUGUCUCCAGCACAGCUGCGUGAAGAAUUUGCCAGGCGCAAUGCAGAUGCAGUGUUUGCUUUUCAACUUCGUAACCCUGUGCACAAUGGGCAUGCGUUGCUCAUGACUGAUACACGGAGGCGUCUUCUUGAGAUGGGCUACAAAAACCCUGUUCUUCUUCUCCAUCCACUGGGAGGAUUCACAAAAGCAGAUGACGUGCCUCUUAGUGUGAGAAUGAAGCAGCAUGAGAAGGUUCUUGAGGAAGGUGUCCUAAACCCAGAAUCAACUGUGGUUGCAAUCUUCCCCUCUCCAAUGCACUAUGCUGGGCCAACUGAGGUGCAGUGGCAUGCUAAGGCUCGUAUAAAUGCUGGUGCAAACUUCUAUAUUGUCGGAAGAGACCCUGCUGGUAUGGGCCACCCGACCGAAAAGAGGGACCUUUAUGAUGCUGAUCAUGGGAAAAAAGUACUGAGCAUGGCUCCUGGGCUUGAGAGGCUCAAUAUCCUUCCUUUCAAGGUGGCUGCAUACGACACAAAGCAUAACAAGAUGAAUUUCUUCGACCCAUCAAGGAAAGAGGACUUCCUGUUCAUCUCUGGCACAAAGAUGCGCAGCCUUGCCAAGAAUCGCGAGAGCCCACCCGACGGUUUUAUGUGCCCGGGUGGCUGGAAGGUCCUCGUCGAGUACUACGACAGCUUGGCGCCUCCAGAAGGCAGCAGCAAACUGCGAGAGGCGGUUGCGGCUUAGAAGCUGAAAGACGCCUCGGAUAAGUAGUACCGAUGUAUCUCGUGUCAUGAACCAAUGAUAUAUGAUUGUAUAUUGGUGGUAAGAAUCGACAUUUGGGCAUGAACCCCAGCACUCCCCGUGUGGUUUGUACUGCAUACUAGUAUCUGCUAGCAGUGUUACCCCCGGAGCCCAUCAUGUGCUUGUGGUGCCAAUAAGGAUGGGUUUUGUAUCCUCUUUGCCAGAUCUGUACAUAACUACAUAUACAAUAUUGUGGUAAUUUAUCUAGUGCUUGAUGUGUUUGCUAA